CUAACCGCGCAGAAACGGUUCCCCCCGUUUGUGUUGUGUCCUCUUUAUUGAGAGUCGGGCGUCUCGCCACGAUGGUCAGGGUUUCUUUUAUUCUUUUCUCAAACUAUUGAUCGCCAGCAGCACGCUUUUGGAUUUUGGAGUGCUUUCCACCAUGUUGAGGAGCGCUGGAAGGGUUCUUAUCUGUGGUUUUGGUUUACUUUGUUUGCUGGGAGCAACAGUUGUGACGGCUCAGAAUACCACCAGGGCCACCGCCACUACCCUCAACUACAGGGACAGUCAAAACCCGUGCAAGAAAAGAGCCAAAUGCGAACUUCUGGAGUAUUCAUCAUGCCUUGGGUCAACACUGACGUAUCAGUUCACCUCCACAGUUCUGGCCAACGACUCUACGAACCAAGGAGACGCUCACGGCAAGCUGGUGCUGUGGACAGGUCUGAAGAAUGUGCCACGUUGCUGGGAGGUAAUCCAGCCUCUGCUGUGCUCUGUCUACAUGCCCAAGUGUGAGAACGGCUAUGUGGAGCUGCCCAGCUAUGAGAUGUGUGCGGUGACUCGGGGGCCAUGUAAGAUUGUGGAAGAAGAACAAGGCUGGCCAGCCUUCCUACAGUGUCAGGAUAACAACCAGUUCAUCCGUGGAUGUGAGAACGAAGUGAAGAAGAUCAAGUUCAAUGUAACUGGUGGUUGUGAGCGCCCUCUGGUGGAAACAGACAAUGAGAAAAGCUUCUACGAAGGUGUUGAAGGCUGUGGGAUCCAGUGUCAAAAUCCACUCUUCACAGACGCUGAACAUGAGCGCAUCCACAAGUUCAUCGCUGGGUUUGGAGCCGUGACUGUUGUUUUUACAUUCUUCACUUUGGCUACAUUCUUGGUGGACUGGAAGAACUCUAGCCGCUACCCGGCCCUCAUCUUGUUCUACAUCAAUGGCUGCUUCUUUGUGGGCAGCAUCGGUUGGCUGGCUCAGUUCAGCGAGGGAGCGAGGGAUGACAUCGUUUGUAGAUCAGAUGGGACCAUGAGAAUUGCAGAACCCAGUGAUGGACAGAACCUGUCCUGUGUAGUUGUGUUCUUCCUGGUGUACUACUUCAUGAUGGCUGGGGUGACCUGGUUUGUCAUGCUGGCAUUCGCCUGGCACAAGUCCUUCCGAGCACUCGGGUCCUGCAAGGAUGCACUCAGCGGGAAAACCUCGUACUUUCAUCUCAUCUCUUGGAGUGUCCCAUUGGUGCUGUCUGUGAUGAUUAUAGCCAUGAGGCAGGUGGAUGGUGACUCCUUGAGUGGUAUUUGCUUCGUGGGUUACCAGAACCACGAAUAUCGUGCUGGGUUCCUGCUGGCACCAGUAGCCGUGGUGUUAGCCAGCGGGCUGUGGUUCCUGGGCAAUG